AUGGAACCCCGGACAUCACUUGCAGGAAUCGACGGAGAAAUGGGAGAUCUCAAGGUCUUCAACAUCGAGGCCUUCACGUUGCUCGGCAUCGCGAUGUUGGUUACAGCUUUGAGAUGCGGUGUGAGGAUCAACACGGUUGGGUUGAGGAACCUCUGGGCAGAUGAUUAUCUUGUCAUAUUGGCAGCUGGUAUCUACGCUGUAGAGACAGGUCUGGCAUAUUCAGUCGGGAAUGUUGCCUUUGGAUUAGCGAACAACUCCAUUACCGACGAGCACCGGGCUUCUCUACACCCUGACGACCGAGAAUACCAGAUUCGUGUACUUGGCUCCAAGAUUCAACUCGCUCUAUGGGCAACCUACUCCUCCCUUUUAUGGAUCCUCAAAGCAUCUAUGUGCACCUUCUACUACCGCCUAACAAAGGACCUCGAAGGAUACCGAUUUCGUGUCAUGAUCGGCUUCGGCUUGAUCAUUAGCUCGUUCGUUAUCGUUCAGCUGAACCUGCUGCUCAGCUGUCGUCCUUUCUACCACUGGUGGCAGAUCUCCCCCGACCCGGGAGCCUUCUGCCAUGCUGCCAUCUCACCCAGUCUGAUAUGGACAGGUCUUUCCUUCAACCUCAUCACAGACUUCUAUCUUAUCAUGAUCCCUAUGCCCAUGCUUUGGAAAGCUGCUAUGCCUUGGCCUCAAAAGGCUGGACUCAUUACUCUCUUCAGUUGUGGUUUGUUUGUCACAAUGGCUGCUAUCCUUCGAGUCGUCCUCCUUGUAUCUAAGGACCCUUUCAAUGGCCCCCAACUUGCUGCCUCCUGGGCUGUUCGCGAGACUUUCGUGGCAAUCAUGACAACCAACAUUCCUAUGCUGUUCCCUUCUUUCAAGAGAUGGGCAGUACCCAUUGUCGAGAGAGCUGGCUCAUCUUUGAGUAACCGCUCUCCACUCAGCACCAUCACUGACACGAGGUUCUCUGGUGCCUUCUCUCUUGACGCCUGGAAGCGACGAACACGCAGCACAUUUCGUCUUUCAGCCAGCAGCCCUAUUUCAGCAGGCAUUAGGAAGAGCCAGAUCACAGUCGGCUUCCCCUACGAUAUGUACGACUCACCGAUAACAAGACCUGAACUUUCCAAGUCCGGGGCAGACAUAAGCAUCACGCCUCUUUCCUGCCAUCCAGUCCGUGCUGAGCAACGAAUGAGCACUACAAGCGAGACAUCUACAGUCUCCUGGACAGAAACACUUGUCAACUCUCCUCAGUCAGAGGGAACCGAACCUAUUCUUUCACCCAUCCACAAAGAUGGAUACAGCAACAACGUCUAA